AUGGAUAACUAUUUGUAUCAGUGCAUGUUCAUGCGCUUCCUUUUUCUUCUCUCAUUGUUCCUCAUUUUACUCACGAGCUCUUUGUCUUCUCUGCAGCCACUUUGUCAUGAAGAUGAGAGAUCAGCCUUGUUGCAAUUCAAGGAUAGCUUUAUCAUAAACAAGUCUGCUUCUGCUUAUCCUUUUGCAUAUCCUAAGGUUGCAUCAUGGACUCCAAAAGGAGAGCAUAGUACUGAUUGCUGCUCAUGGGAUGGGGUUGAGUGCAAUGAGGACACAGGUCAUGUGAUCAGCCUUGAUCUCAAUAGCAGCUGUCUCUAUGGUUCUAUUCACUCCAACAACAGCCUCUUCCGCCUUCUUCAACUUCAAAGGCUUAAUCUUGCUGAUAAUCUUUUCAAUCACUCUCAAAUCCCAUUUGAAGUUGGCAAUCUUUCAAGGCUAACCUAUCUCAACCUUUCCUCCUCCGCCUUUUCCGGACAAGUCCCCUCAGAGGUUUCACGCCUCUCCAUGUUGUCUUCCCUCGAUUUGUCUGGUAAUUUUGAUUUAUAUACUAAAAGUGACUUCAGAAGUCUAGUUCAAAACUUUACUACCCUAGAAGAACUUUUACUCACUGACAUCAAUUUAUCGUCCCCUAUACCUGAAAGUUUGGCAAAUUUAUCUUCCUUGACAACUCUAGAUCUUCAAAACUGCAGGUUACAAGGAGAAUUUCCAACUGAAAUUUUUCAACUACCAAACCUACAGUUUCUUAUAGUAUCACACAAUCAAGAUCUCAUUGGUCGUUUGCCCCAAUUUCACUCUAACAGUUCUCUUGAGGUUUUGAUACUCAGGAACACAAGUUUUUCUGGUAAAAUACCUACUUCAAUUGGAAAAGUAAGUUCUUUACAUACUUUACGUGUUCGUGAUUGCAAUUUCUCUGGAUCCAUUCCACCAUCACUCAGUAACCUCACCCAAGCCAUUUAUUUAGACUUUGGACACAACAGUCUAACUGGUCACAUUCCAAACUCAUUCUCUGAACUCAAGUGUCUUCGGUCUCUUUACUUUGAUGGAAAUCACUUGAGUGGAAUGCUCAAUUUUGACAGGUUUCUUGAGAUCAAAAGUUUAAGUGUGCUUAUGUUAUCAUCCAACUAUUUGUCAUUGCUAACCAAGGCCAAUUCAAAUUAUACUCUUCCACAGUUUCACACUCUAGCAUUGGGUUCCUGCAACUUACAGAAAUUCCCAGAUUUCUUACGCACCCAAAACAAAUUGAGUUGGCUUGAGAUGCAACAAAACAAUAUUCAAGGCCUAGUACCCAAAUGGUUGUAUAAUGUUAGUAUAGAAACUUUUCGAGCUAUAUUGCUUGGACAAAAUUUUCUAAUAGGCUUUGAACAAUCUCCACUUGUUCUCCCAUGGUCUAAACUAGAAAUUUUAGAUCUGAGUAGUAACAGGCUGCAAGGAUCACUCCCCAUUCCACAACCAUCUAUCAAGAUUUAUCAAGUCCAAAAGAACUUGAUAAGAGAAAUGUCAUCGUUGAUUUGCAAUCUGAGUUCACUUUAUGUACUUGAUUUGUCCUAUAACAACUUGAGAGGCAACCUUCAUCCAUGUUUUGGAAACUUCAGUUCUCAUUUGUCAGCACUUCAACUACGAAGCAACAACUUCCAUGGCACCAUCCCAAAAACAUGGGUAGAGGGGAGCAGCUUAGAGAUGAUUGACUUAAGUGAAAACCAAUUCCAAGGCCAACUACCGAGAUCAAUGGCAAACUGUAUGGUGUUAGAGUACCUUCAUGUUGGUAACAAUCAAAUCAAUGAUACCUUUCCCUUUUGGUUGGGAAAUCUUUCUCGGUUGAAGGUUCUCGUCCUUGGUUCUAAUGCAUUCCAUGGUGCAAUAAAGAAUCCUGGAAUCAAUUAUACAUUCUCAGGGUUGCAUAUCAUUGAUAUUUCUCAAAAUAAUUUCUCUGGAUAUUUGCCCGCUGAGUAUUUCCUACAUUGGAAUGCCAUGAAAGUUGUUGGUGCAAGUGAUCAUUUGAUAUACAUGGAGCUAGGGUUUUCUGGAGACGGGUGGAGUUCAAGUGUCCAAUUCUCAGAUACACUGACAAACAAAGGGAUAAAGUUGGAGUAUGAUCAAAUUCAAGAUGUGUUCAAGGUCAUUGAUUUCUCAAGCAAUAGAUUUGAAGGAGAAAUUCCAGAACUUGUUGGAAGUCUUAAAGGACUUCAUAUGCUAAAUCUUUCCAAUAAUGCUCUCACUGGUUAUAUCCCACCAUCGUUGGGGAACUUGACACAUCUAGAAUCCAUGGACCUUUCCCAAAACAAGUUGUUUGGAGAAAUACCUACACAACUAACACAACUCUUUUUCCUUGAAGCCUUUAAUGUCUCCAACAACCGUCUCAGAGGUCCUAUACCACAUGGUAAUCAAUUUGACACAUUUCAGAAUAGUUCAUUUAGAGGUAAUCCAGGAUUGUGUGGAAGUCCAUUAUUAAAGAAAUGUGGAGAUUUCAAGUACACACGAACUCCACCUUCUCCUUUUGAAGAGAAUCGAAGCUCAGAGUCUCCAUUUCAUUUUGGGUGGAAAGUAGUUGCUAUAGGGUAUGGAUGUGGAUUUGUGAUAGGAGUUGUUAUUGGGAAAACUGUGAUUACAAGGAAGUAUGAUUGGUUUGUGAAGAUCUUUGGAAAGAUGUAG